AUGGCACUGCUCAAACGGUUGUCACCUGCGGAGCGGGCGAGCAGCACGGACCACAGCAACAGCCCACUCCUCAAGGAACCAGGAAGCCCCUCAGGCCCACGGUGGCUAAACCGCGAUGAAGUUCCCUCAUGGUACGGCCAUCAUCCAUACCUUCGAACCAGCUAUAGGCCAGUGACCGUCAAUUUCUCGGCGCCUUAG